GUAUGUGCAGCAGCUGAAGAGCGAUGGCUUCCAUGUGGAUGAGCUCUUCCAAAAGUGCCUGUUUGAGGAAGAUGAGAAGGAGAAGGUGCUGAAGGCCAUCAGGAUUGUCUACCCCAACUACCAGCUGCCCCAUCCACCCAAGCCCCAGAUCUGCAAGUCUUCUCUGCUCCAGGACUUCUACUCCAAAGAGAAGACGGUGUCGUACCCCAAGCUGGACUUCUCCGUGCAGGAGUUGCAGCAGUGCUUCCAGCAGCAGCUGGAGAUGGAGCUGGACAACACUGUAACCAUUGAGUCGGUGGAGGCCACCAAACCCCUGAGCCCGCGGGCCGUUAAAGCGCGUGAACUGCUGACCACCCUCCGCUCCCAGUGGCACAGCUCCAUCCUGCAGGCCCUGCAGAAGUCAAAGAAACGCAUGUCCAAGCUGCAGAGCUCAUCGGGGUACAACAUUCUCUACCCCUACCUGUGCCUGCUGCCGGACGAGGAGUACGUGGGCAUCAUGCUGCAGAUCCUCAGCACUCUCUCUCCACAAGGAGAAUCCCUGGCUGUCUUGGCCAGGGAGCUGGGCUCCAAGGUCUACAACAGGUACAUCACACAGAAGAAGCAGCGCAGCGGGCAGCUGGAGAAGGUGCAGGAGAUCUAUGGGGACUACAUCCACCUGCUGGCAAAGGACAGCCAGCCUGACAAGUACUUGCCACGGGAAUACUGGGAGAAGCUGGUGAUGGAAGCAGGCUUUGGGCCCUCCCUGAACCUGAGGGACUGCAGCUGGCCGUACAUGCUCCUCAUGCGCCUGGGCAUGCACAUGCUGGAGCUCCUGGUGCAGGCUGUCAAGGUGCCCAGGAACAUCCUCAGUCCUCGCCUGGAGCCCAAGCUUAUCCCCGUCCUCUACCACAUCUACUCCUUCCGCAGCAGCUGGCAGGUUGGGCUGAUAAAGCCCCAUCCCAUCUUCUCCCAGAUUGUGUCAGACGCUGCAGAGACCUUGCUGACCUUUAACUCCUCUGCCAUACCUAUGCUGUGCCCCCCAGUGCCCUGGACCUCCCCCCAUUUUGGUGCCUUUCUCCUGAACGACACCAAGUUGAUGCGCUUUGUGGAUGGGGCCGUCCAGCACCAGCUGCUCCUGGAGCAGUGUCCUCCAGUGAACCUCCACCCCGUGCUGGAUGCCCUGAACCAGCUGGGCACCUGCGCCUGGAAGAUUAACCAGCCGGUGCUGGAUAUCAUCAUCUCCAUCUUCAACGACAAAGGCAAUGAGAAGCUGGACAUCCCGCCGCCCGUCUCGGAGGCGCCCAAGCCUGCCGCUGCUCCCGGCAGCAGCUCUGCCUGGAGCAAGUCCCAGAAGCAGGAGCUGUUGCUGUGCAAGAAGAAGGCAGCCGAGAUGCACAGCCUGCGCAUGGACGCGCUCUACAAGCUCUCCAUCGCCAACCACAUCCGGGACAAGGUGUUCUGGUUCCCCCACACCAUGGACUUCCGAGGCGGGACCUACCCCUGCCCGCCCUACUUCAACCACCUCGGGAACGACGUCACGCGCGCCAUCCUGCUCUUCGCAGAGGGGAGGCCGCUGGGGCCCAAGGGCCUGGACUGGCUGAAGAUCCACCUCAUCAACCUCACGGGGCUGAAGAAGAAGAACGCUCUGCAGGAGCGGCUGGACUACGCCAACGAAAUCAUGGAGGAGAUCCUGGACUCGGCCGACC